GCCUUGCGAAAUAUCGCUUUCGGAUUUAUACCACAUUAGUUUGUGUGCUGCGGGAAAAUCGCAUCUAUUUUCCACCGGUUAUACGUGGUCAUCUUUACACCAUCUAGCUUCUCCGUUGGUUCGCGCAGCCAGCCAUCAGUAGGACAGACCGACCGAAGCCUGGCCCAGGGGGAAAGAGAGAAAGCAAAACUAAGCUGCUAAGUAGUCAAGUUGGCCACACGAGUGCCGAACGCCGAAUCGAACGGAUUGCCUCCCGAGUUUUCUUCUGUGAAGAAAGUUGAACCGUUUGUGAGCUGUUGAGUUUUUUUUUGCGUGUCGGAGUUUAAGGGAAAUUUCGAGUGCCUUACCGGGAACUGUAGCCAAAACUCCUCAGUCAGUAAAGUGCAGUGCGCGUGUUGACACGGAAAAUCCGCGAAGAGAAAUUUAUCUGGUUUAGGAAGGUUUAGCCCGAGUUCUACCGUUCAAAAUGAGAGAAAUUGUUCACCUGCAGGCCGGUCAGUGCGGAAACCAGAUUGGUGCUAAGUUCUGGGAAAUCAUCUCGGAGGAACAUGGUAUCGAUGCAACCGGUAUUUACCACGGAGAAUCAGAUCUGCAGCUGGAACGAGUCAGCGUAUAUUACAAUGAAGCUUCCGCCGUUUCUCGCUCGUCGGGUGGCAAGUAUGUGCCGCGUGCAAUUUUGCUCGAUCUGGAACCGGGCACGAUGGAGGCAGUCCGCUCCGGACCCUACGGAAAGCUGUUCCGUCCGGAUAACUUCGUGUUCGGUCAGUCCGGCGCGGGAAACAAUUGGGCCAAGGGACACUACACCGAAGGUGCCGAACUGGUCGAUGCCGUUCUGGAUGUCGUCCGUAAGGAGUGCGAAAACUGCGAUUGUCUACAGGGUUUCCAACUGACUCAUUCGUUGGGAGGCGGUACGGGCUCCGGUAUGGGAACCCUAUUGAUCUCCAAGAUUCGAGAAGAAUACCCCGACAGAAUCAUGAACACAUACUCGGUAGUACCAUCCCCGAAAGUAUCCGACACCGUGGUUGAGCCGUACAAUGCGACCCUUUCGAUUCACCAGCUGGUUGAAAAUACCGAUGAAACUUACUGCAUCGACAACGAAGCGUUGUACGAUAUCUGCUUCCGUACGUUGAAGGUGCCGAACCCGAGUUACGGCGAUUUGAAUCAUCUGGUCUCGUUGACCAUGUCCGGUGUCACUACCUGUCUGCGAUUCCCCGGUCAAUUGAAUGCCGAUCUGCGAAAACUGGCCGUCAAUAUGGUUCCUUUCCCACGUUUGCACUUCUUCAUGCCUGGAUUUGCUCCGCUGACUUCGCGUGGUUCGCAGCAGUACCGCGCUUUGACGGUUCCGGAGCUCACUCAGCAGAUGUUUGAUGCCAAGAACAUGAUGGCAGCCUGCGAUCCGAGACAUGGUCGAUACCUAACCGUGGCUGCAGUCUUCCGUGGUCGAAUGUCGAUGAAGGAAGUCGACGAACAGAUGCUGGCCGUGCAGAACAAGAACAGCAGCUACUUCGUCGAAUGGAUUCCGAACAACGUGAAGACCGCAGUCUGUGAUAUCCCGCCGAAGGGUCUGAAGAUGUCGUCGACCUUCAUUGGAAACACCACCGCCAUCCAGGAACUGUUCAAGCGCAUCUCCGAGCAAUUCUCCGCUAUGUUCCGUCGUAAGGCUUUCUUGCAUUGGUACACCGGCGAAGGAAUGGACGAGAUGGAAUUCACCGAAGCGGAAAGCAACAUGAACGAUCUGGUAUCCGAGUAUCAACAAUAUCAGGAAGCGACGGCUGACGACGAGUUCGAGCAGGAAGAAUGCGCCGAUGAGAUGGAGGGCGAAUGUGUCUAAAUCUACCAUUUUGGAUGGCAGUGAAGCAUUUUUACUAUUUAUUAUUAUUAUUAUCAUUAGAUAGAUAAAACGUAAUGAGGUUUUAUGAGUACACAAGCCGAAGAAAUAGUGUUUAAAAAUCUAACCCUCCAUCUUCUCUCGGAUCUCAGAAUACCUACUAAUCGACCAGAAUAAACGCUAUGAUUGGCGAUUGCACCAAAUUUCACUUUAUCCGCAAUUUAGACUACUUUUCACCAUAAUAGAUCACGCAUUAAAAACGCAUCAAUCAAUUAGAUCAAUAAGUUAGUAAACGUGAGAGUGCGCGAAUAGAUAGAGUUUAGGAGAGGUGUUCGAACCGGACCCCAACUUCUGCGAGAUGUGACACUAACGAGCCAUAAAAGCCUACAUUCAGGCAAUAUUUCUAGAGGAAUGAAAUAGCUGACGUCACCGAGAGUCGAUGGCUUUUGUGGUAACAGAUGGUCGUCCGUUUGUUGGGGUCCCGGUGAAGCGCACCGUUUGAUAUAGAUAGAGAUAUAAAGUUAUACUGACAAAAGUGCUGCCAAUCAAACCAAUUAAGCAAUCGGAAUAGUUGUUCAAUAAUUAUUUGCUUCCUUAAAGUAUAUCUCCAGAUGAUCUGGCUAUUUAUCCAAAGAUUAUUUUUGAAACUCAUCUAAACUUUCAGAAAAAUUAGUCCGUUUGUUCCUGGCAGGGUUCGAUUUGUGCUGCCAGCAUGUGAAUGAAAUCUAUUUUAUUACUAACCAUCAAUACACCACUGUACGAUAGUUAUCACUAUGGAGAUUUACCUGAAUUACAGGAAUUGUUCGAUUCGAUGUCGAAUGGAAUGGCGAAGUGCAGGCAAAAUUUGAACUUUUAUAAAAUCGCACGCACAUACGAUUGUAAUGUUGAUAUUUGGAACGGAAC